GCGUAUUCUCAGGUCUCAUCAGUUCUGGUUCUCAUUCUCAGUUCUGCAGUUUCUGCACUCAUUUUUUAUCCACAUUUAUUAGAUAAUUUGUAGGUGCACAAAUUUGUUAAAACUGGUACUGAUCGUACUGAUAUAAGUUCUGUGUUGAGAAUAAAAUUCGUCUCGAAAAAGCUUGCCCAGUGAGAAAAGUCGCAAAAUCUCUUCUGAUUUGCAGAUGGUCUGCGAGAGGAAGGGAGGAAGUCAUCAGAUUUCCAUCGAUUAUAUUUAUAGUGUCUCCGUUUAUUUUUACGUUUGGAAGACACCGAAAAAAACUAUGCACUCGUCCACCGGUUGAGGAGAUACGUAUCACCACAUAAAAUUGACAUUGGGAUUCAGUGGUGUUUAUCAUUGAUGUGGUGAAAUCUUAGUGGUGAUGUAAAUCAGUUUCAACGUGACUUAUAGAACAAGAAAAUUAGUAAGAGUAGAUAUGGAGUCAUCUGUAGCAGGACGGAGGCGAACUGCCACGAGGCAUUCUGCCGAAGAUCAAGCUCUGGACCAAAUUGCCAAAGAGGCAGAAGCAAGAUUAGCAGCUAGGCGACAAGCUAGAGCCGAGGCGAGGGAAAUUCGAAUGCGAGAAUUGGAAAGGCAGCAGAAAGAAGCUGAGGAAAACGCAGACAGGGUGUAUGAUAUGUGCACAGUAGAUAGCAGCAGAACAAUGAGGGUAACGCCAGAUCCAAUCAGAACUUCCCGUCUCCUUGCAAAUUCAAAUAACUUUCAGUCUAGUCGGAGGUCAUCUGAAGAUUCUUUGGAAGAUGCUGGUCUUGGCAGAGAUCCGAGAAUAGAACUCAAAGAAUUUGAAGAAAAAUUCAGAAAAGCAAUGAUUGCUAAUGCACAGUUGGAUAACGAAAAGUCGUCGUACGCUUAUCAAGUUGAUUUAUUAAAAGAUAAACUAGAAGAGUUGGAAGAAACGGCUGCUCAAUUGCGGCGAGAACUGAGGGAAAAAAAUCGAGAGGCAGAGCAACUUAAACGUAUCAGUCAAAGAUUGAAAGAGGACUUAGAUAUGUGCAGAGCUCAAUUAUUAGAAAGGGAUACUUUAAUACAGGAAAACGGUUUGGUGAUAGUAGAAGACGAAGGAAGUGACGGUGAAGAAACAGAAGGAGAAAAUGGUCUUCGUCCCAGAAGAAGAGUUCUGGUUAGUACAGAGGCAGCUGAAGUAUUACAAAACGCGGGAGAAGGCUCUUUAGAUGUACGGCUGAGAAAGUUUGCAUCAGAGAAAAAGGAAUUGCAGGAUGAAAUUCGUCAUUUAAGACUAGAAUUAGAAGAGGCCAGAAAUCGCAUGAGGCCAGAAAGAUCUACGGGUUUGGUAUUGGGUGGAUUGUCCGACUCUGAAGAUAUUCAACGAGAAGCUAAUAAAUUGAUCGCCGAUUAUAAAUUUAAACUUCAAAAGGCAGAGCAAGACAUGUCAACAUUGCAGGCGACAGUUGCCAGGCUAGAGAGUCAAGUGAUUCGUUACAAAUCAUCUGCAGAAGCGUCCGAAAAAGCAGAAGACGAAUUAAAAGUGGAGAAGAGAAAACUGCAAAGAGAAUUCAGAGAAUCCCAAGGCCGAGUCGAAGAAUUGGAAACUGCAAACACCCAUUUGCAACGAAGAUUAGAUAAGCUAAAGAAUGCGAGAUCGACUCUUUUGAAGGAGAUAUGAUAGAAGAUCAUAGAUAACUACUUUUUGGAAUGGUUGACUACUUUAAAAUGAAAUUCGAUUACAAGUUGUAGGCAAGUUAGAUUAAAGAAGAUCGUGUAAAGAUCCAGUAUACAUAUACGUGUAUACACACAUACACAUAUAUGUGUCUAUAUAUUGAAAAACAUGAAAUAUUCCUCAAA